CAGAGGACGCGAUUUCCGUUAUUUCACCACGUUUCAUGCUUCCGCUUUUGUGUGCAAGGGGUGCAUUAUUGUGUUUGGGGGAAUAUUACUACUCGUUCUAUUGUAUGUAGGGGACCAUUUUCAUUGUUAGGCAUUAUAACUCUUAUUUCCUCUCCAAGUUAUGGACACAACGACGUUACCAGAAGAGAAAGAUGUGCAAAGCCAGAUAUCCCCAACGGCAACACAGCUGGGCGGAACCGAUGUUCGAGGGCCGACGACAGAAGAGCGGGAACGUUUGUUGCUGGCUUUUGAUACAUGGGGCGAAGAGGUGCAGAGCCAGUUCGUGGAGGCCCUGGUGUCUCGGAUGUCGCACUGUCAGCACUCUCGCAUCAGCUCGUUCCUCAAGCCGAUGCUGCAGCGAGACUUCAUAUCGAUGCUGCCUAAGAAAGGGCUGGACCACGUGGCCGAAGCCAUCCUGUCCUACUUGGAUGCACGUAGCCUGUGUGCCGCUGAAGCCGUCUGCAGAGAAUGGAGGAGAGUCGUGGCAGAAGGCGGACUUUGGCGUAAGCUGAUGGAACGGCGUGUUCUCACGGACCCCCUGUGGCGAGGUCUGGCGGAACGUAGGGGCUGGAUGCAGUACCUCUUCAAGCCGCCUCCGGGAGAGCCUCACCCGGAUCACAUGUUCUACCGUCGGCUCUAUCCUCGUAUCAUACAGGAUAUUGAGAGCAUAGAGAAUAACUGGCGCUGUGGCCGCCACAACCUUCAGCGCAUCAAUUGCCGUUCCGAGAAUUCCAAGGGUGUCUACUGCCUCCAGUACGACGACACCAAGAUCGUAUCCGGUUUGCGCGACAAUACAAUCAAAAUAUGGGACCGCGCAUCUUUGCAAUGCGUCAAAGUUCUGACUGGACAUACGGGAUCAGUCCUGUGCUUGCAGUACGAUGACAAAGUCAUCAUUUCAGGAUCAAGUGACUCUACCGUAAGGGUAUGGGAUGUGAAGACUGGUGAAAUGGUGAAUACGCUCAUUCACCACUGUGAGGCUGUGCUCCAUCUGCGGUUCAACAACGGCAUGAUGGUGACCUGUUCGAAGGACCGAUCCAUUGCGGUUUGGGACAUGGUGACACCGCGUGAAAUCAAUCUGCGUCGUGUGCUUGUCGGCCAUCGGGCGGCUGUCAACGUGGUGGACUUUGAUGAGAGAUACGUCGUGUCGGCUUCUGGAGAUCGCACUAUCAAGGUGUGGGGUACACCGAACUGCGAUUUUGUCCGUACACUGAAUGGCCACAAGAGAGGCAUUGCUUGCCUGCAGUAUCGGGACCGCCUAGUUGUGAGUGGCAGCUCGGACAACACAAUAAGGCUUUGGGACAUAGAGUGUGGCGCAUGUCUACGUGUACUAGAAGGCCACGAGGAAUUAGUCCGUUGCAUACGUUUUGACUCUAAACGCAUAGUAUCCGGUGCAUACGAUGGCAAGAUCAAGGUGUGGGACCUAGCAGCAGCGCUGGACCCCCGGGCUCCUGCAGGCACACUCUGCUUGCGCACGCUUGUUGAGCAUACUGGUCGCGUUUUUCGACUGCAGUUUGACGACUUCCAAAUUGUCUCCUCCUCCCACGACGACACCAUCCUGAUCUGGGACUUCCUGCACCUGUCCUCGGAGGCAGCCUCGUCGGCCUCCUCGCCACUGCCUCCGCGUACGUACACGUACGUCAAGUGAGGAUGGCCCCCACGAUAGACUGGUUUUUGUGUGGUGCGCGUGGUUUGAAGACGUUGUUGUUUGCACAACUGGAUUUGUGCACUUGCGGGGAAAUUGCCGUACGGCAGCUGUAGAGCUUUCGGCCGUGCGCGCGCGGGCGGGUAGAGAGAGGGGCGGGUUGCCGGAGCGGAGGCCACGCUUCUCGAUCCGGAGUCCGAUGGACCGGCUCGGACCGCAGCCCCGGAAGGAGUGAAUAACUUUGCCCUUGAUUCUGUGUGCAACUAUCGUGUGCUAGAACACUUUCCUUUUUUCUUCUUUUUUUUUUUUUUGUGACACGUGAUUAUACGAGAGAUCAUGUUUGAUAGUGUGGCUUUUGUUGUGUGGCAUUUGGAUGCUUAAAAAAAAAACCAUAGAACAAAUGGAAGGAGAUACACACUAACUUGCGACAGUUUUAAUAGCUACACACACACACGAUUGCGUGAGGAGGGGGUGCACGUAGGAUUCAAAGUAUUUAUCUCAUCCACAUCCUUUGAAAGAUCAUUACUCUGACUGGGGAAGUUGACUUGCUUGCAUUCCAGAGCUGUGGAAGUUGGUGAAUGUAAGGCUUGUAGCAUUUUGGGUGUAAAUAAACGUUGCGUGUCUGAGAGCCCAA